AUGUUACUUGAAAACAUAAAAGUUGUCAUUCGAAUAAAACCUAUUAACUACAGAGAUCUAGAGAUUUAAGACAAGAGCACUCUAAAGGUUUUAGAUCAAGAGACUUUAGCAGCAAUUGCUCCAGUAGAGGCGGAUGUUAAGUAGGGCAAAAGGACCUAUAAGUUCAAUUGGAUUUUUGACUAAAUAGCUUCUCAAAAGGAUAUAUUUGAGAAGGCUCUUGAGUAUUAGGUACUUUCUCUGUUGGAUGGAAUAAAUGUUACGCUCUUUAGUUACGGGGCAUCUGGAACUGGAAAAACUCAUACGUAAAUAUUUCCAAUAAUUAAGACUUAUUAUGGAUUAUUAAUACGAGCUCUUAAUUAACUAUAUUAAACUAUUCACAAUAAAAAAAGGAAAGUGUAGAUGAAAUUUUCAUAUUUAGAAUUGUAAUAAGAGUAACUCUACGAUUUACUAAACAAUAUGAACAGCAAUCUCGACAUCAAAGAUGAUGUAGAGAAAGGAAUAGUCAUAAGUGGAAUGAGAGAAAUUGAUGUUGCCAGCACUUAAGAAGUGAUCAAUUUAAUCUAGUAUGGAAAAAGACAAAAAUCAACCAAGCAACACGAAAUUCUAAUUUUUACAAACUACAUUCAAGAUAUUGUAGGUUCAAAUAAUGAAAUCACAGUUUCUAAAUUUAUAAUUGCUGAUCUAGCUGGAUUUGAGAAAGGUGGACAAAAGUCUGCAUCCUUAUAAGUUCUCAAUGAUUGCAUAUCCUUACUAAGCGAAGCUCAGAGCAAAAAUAUUCAGCCAUUCAUCCCAUAUCGAAACAGCAAACUCACUAAAAUACUCAAAGACUCUUUUUGUGGUAAUUCAAAAACUCUUAUUAUUGGCUGUGUCUCUCCUUAAGUAACGAAUUAUGAAGAGACCAUCCAAACACUUGAAUAUUGUUCAAUGGCUGCAGGGAUUUUUAAUUAAGGAUCCAUCAAGAAUCUACAAUAAAGUAAUCAUCAGGAAGAUUUUAAAUCAAUCUAUGAUUAAUUAAUAAACGAGAACGUAGAAUUAAAGAAAUAGUUAAAUCAUAAGCCCAAUUAAAAAUCCGGUGUUAAUAAUAAUGAAAAAGAACAAACCAAAUUAUAUGAAGAAAAUAUAAUUGAACAUUUUAAUAAUGAACAAGACAUUAAUUAAUCUAUUUUUAAGUACCAAUGGGAAAUUGAGUAGAUUAAAUUUACAGUCAAUGAAAGUUAAGAAAAUCUACAGCGAAUCGAUGGAAUAGACAGAAAUGCAGCAGAUUCCUUAAGAUAUCAGAUUGAAUAAGAUCAGAAAUAAUUACAUAACUAUUAAGAACAAUUGAUCAAGUUUUAAAUGCAAGCAAGUAAUUUUCCUAUCCAAAGAAGAGCAUUAGAAGAGAAUGUCAACUAGAGUAAUUUAUCAAAUUCUUAUAAAUUAUACUUAACUAAUCUAAUUGAGAAACAUAUUCUAAGAUUGGAAGUGUAUGAAAUCAAACUGAAAGAAUAAAUAAAUGAAUUGCAUAGGCAAUAGCAUGAAAGGAUCAUGGCUAUUCAAAGGAGCUAAAUUAGUUUAAGAGAUAGAAUUAUUGCAGAUCAAAGAAAACAUAUCAUUUAGCAUGGUAAAAAUCAAUCAGUACAGCAUUAUUCCCAAAUCGACACUACAACCGAAGUGAUUGAUGGAACAAAAGCAAAACUAAAGCAUUAUCCAUUGCCAAAAAUUAAAGAUCAUUAUUUCAAUAGAGAAGCAUAUUUGUAAAGAAAGGAAUCUCCAAAGUCGAUCUUCAGUCCAAGACUUCAAACACCUUUACAAUUGAAGGAAGUAAAACCUUACGUUCCUAGAACACCUCGUACUAAAAUACUAGAUAAUCUCUCCACUCCAAUUCUACCAAAACCAAAUGCAUUGGCAAAAGCACCUCCUUAGAAAAUAAUUGACUCCAAAUCUAUGGUAGCUUUACCAUUAAUAACAACCAAUAGAAAUUUAUCUAAAUUUGUUUAUGACUGGAAAGGAGGUGGUUAUAAGUUUAUUGAAGAAUAAAAAAAAAUACCAUCAUAAAGAGAACUUAAAUAGAUUAUUUCAUCGAAAUAACAUACUUAGUAAAGUCUUGAGAAAUCAUUUUUCACCACUUCUAGUCGAAGUACUUCUGCAAAAAAAGUUUCUUUUAAAUAAAAUAUUCUACUGCCAGGAAAGGUACAUGAAUCUCCUUACGUGAAAGAAUUUAUUAAUAAAGAAACCUAAAGAAAGAUGAAAUUAAAGUAAUUGAAUUAAAAAAUGAUGAAAGCAACUUAAAAAAAAUGA